AAAUCCAAGUGAUUGGGAAGGAUCAGAGCUGAUAAUGGACUCUAUCUGCACAGGGCUCGAGAGAAGGGGGAAGGAAAAACUCCUUUGGAGGCUCUUGAAGUGGUGGUGGCUGAGCCAUGGGAGGCAGUCAGACACAAGGAAGGCCCCUUGGGAGGAGAAAAGGGCCAUAGGAUGGGGAAUGGUCAGUGAAGGAACUGAAUGAAGCCCUUGAGCCUACAUUACACCGUGGAAGAGAGAUAGAGCCUCGAGGGGAGGCUAAACUUGUGAGAGCUUCUGUCCGUGCAGGUGUCACGCGGGGUGCUGAAGGGCACGUCACGUGCCUGUGGGCGGGAACCUAUUCGCGAGGAAAGCGAAGGGCGGAGAGCGCGGGAGGGAGCGCGCGCGCGCGCACACACACACACCUGCCGCAGGUGAGUCUGAGAGGGGGAGGAGCCGCCGCGCGCAGGUGAGCCAGGCUCAGUACAGCUCCAUGGGGAGUCGGAGGGCUGUGUCACGGAAGGAAAGGGAAGAAUAGCAGUGGCUUUGUUUCUCUUUGUUUAUUUUUGCCCCCGGAGGAGCGUGGAGUGGGUGGAGUGUGUGUCUCCUACAGCCACUGCGGUCCUGGACAAGGGGCAGCUGCAGGUUCAUCUUUCCGGACCCCGGUGGCUCCAGCCCUCUCUCCUGAGAACAUUCCAAGCAGCGCUGACUGCGGCGCCGGCAGCGGCCCUGGGUCCGUUCGUUAUUUGAAUAGGACAAAGGAACCGCCUUGGUCUGAUUGGACGGACAGACGACUCUGGGGCGGGCAGCCCCUGUCACUCCGACCGCGAUGGGAUCUCUGGUUGGUCUAGGAAGCUAGGGGCGUGGCUUUAACAUUCAGAUAAAUAGCGGGGGCUGGGACCGGCAAAGGCUCAUUGCUUUGCGCGGUCGUGUUCGGACGGGGCGCGCGGUGGGGAUGGUGGCAGCGCCUCUCCGAGCGAUGUCGACCCGCUGAACGGAGACUCCCCUUUCCUUUCCUUUUUCUCCCACAUCGCAGCAACGGGCUGUGGAAGCAGCCAUCCCCACCCUUUGCUCACAGCCUCCCACCCUUCCCCGAGUCCCCCAGUCUCUCUCUUUUCUCCUCUACCUCGCUCUCCCUACCAAGUCUCCCCGGUGCCCGCGCCGCGCGGUGCUGUGCGUGUCUAUGCGCCCGGCGGUGGCAGGAGGCGGUGGCGGCUGGUGGUGGUGAGUCCCUCCGGAGGAGUAUGGAGUGCGCCCUGGACGCUCAGAGCCUCAUCACCAUCUCGCUGCGGAAGAUCCACAGCUCCCGGACCCAGCGCGGUGGCAUUAAGCUACACAAGAACCUCUUGGUCUCCUACGUGCUCCGUAACGCGCGGCAGCUCUACCUGAGCGAGCGCUACGCUGAACUCUACCGGCGGCAGCAGCACCCAUACUCGGGCGGCGGUGGCAUGAUGAUGAGCUCCGCGGGUGAAAUGGCCGAGUUCAGCCCUCUCCAACUUCCCGGAGACCCGGAGGACCGGGAUCCGGGGGCCCGGCAGCAACUGCACCAGCUUCAUCAGCUCCACCUCCACCACCAGCAGCAGCUGCAACAGCACCGGAGCUGCGCCGCUGGGGCGCCCGCGGGAGGAGCUAGCGGAGGCGGGGGCGCUGGGGAGCUGUUGGAGCCCGUGUGCGCUGCGCUCUUGCCCGGCGCGCACCACCGGGAGGAGACCUUGGCGCUCCAGCCGAGCCCUUCCCCACAGCAACAGCCGCCGCCGCCUCCAGCCUUGUGUACCCGGGACCCUUCCUCCUCUCCUUCCUCUUCCUCUUCCGUCGCUGCUUCUUCUGCUGCUUCCUCUUCCACUGCCUCCCCGAGCUUCUACCGGAGCGGUGGUUGCUGCGCCCCGGGCGGCGGGUACCCGCUCACCUCGGACUUCGGUGGCAGCCCGCUCCCGGUGGCUGGAGGAAAUCUACACUGUAGCAGCCAGACCACCGUCCUGGACCUGGACACUCACGUGGUGACUACAGUGGAGAACGGCUACUUGCACCAAGACUGCUGCGUUUCGGCGCAGUGCUCCUGCUGCUGCGGCGGCGGGCAGGGCGCCCCGGGACUGGGCCCCGCAGUGCCGGCCCCGACCGCGCUGCCAGGCACCAAGCGCAAGUACUACCCUGGACAGGAGGAAGAGGAGGAGGGAGGGGAACUGGGGGGAGACCCCCCCGGGGGAGGGCCCCCCUUUACCCCCUGCAAGCGUGCCCGCUUUGAGGACUUUUGCCCAGAGUCGUCCCCGGACGCUUCCAACAUAUCAAACUUGAUCUCGAUUUUCGGCUCGGGAUUCACGGGGUUAGUGAGCCGGCAGCCGGACUCGGAGCAAUCUCUGAACGGGCAGUUGUGCAGCAAGCAGGCUCUAGCCAGUCUGGGAGCCUGGACUCGGGCCAUCGUGGCCUUCUAGGGACCGGGGGAGCUUGGGAUAGAGAGUGCCCGGCCACAGUUAGGGGUGCGGGAACAGUGGGAGACAAAAGACUAGGGGAAAUGGGGGAAAGAGGGGAGGGGGUGCCUGGGGAGUUAUGGGGUGUUCUGUGGGGGAGGAGGGGAGACAGCUAAUGUUUUAUAAAUUGUAAAAUAAAAAAUGUAAGAUCUUGGACUUUAUUUUUGCAGAGAUAAAAAGCGCCUAUUUAAAUAUUCUUUGUGUUUAUCUUUCUCUUUUUAAUUGUAUCGAUUGCAAUGGUGAACGGUGGAAGAGGCAGCCACGUGAGGCAAGGGCUGCUUGCUACAAGAGGAAAUUUGGGGGGAAAGGCGGGAUACAAGCCCUGCUAGGAGGCCAAAAAUUCUGCCUAGGCUCUGGUGCUGACCCUGGUGAGGGGGAGUGCCCUGGGUUACCCUUAGGGGCACUCUGUUUAAGGGGGAAAUGGAGGGAAGAUUUAUCAUAUCCCUGGAAGGAUUAGUGUCUGAUCAAUUCCACAUCAAAGCUGUCAGUUCUUUAAACUGAAUUCAAGAAUCAGCUGAGAGGAAACAGUACUGGAAGGGUAAGAGAUGGACCCAAUUUUUCUUUUCCCCUUGAAAUUUUUUAAUUCAAAAGGGGAAAAUUAUAGAAAGAGGAGUACCUUGAGGAAGGUUUCCAUUUAGCCUGUGCUUCCAUUCUUGGCCAGCCUGACUAGUUGGAUAUCUAGUAUUUUCUAAGGGAAGGCAGAAAUAAAAGCAUUUCAACUUUUUAUUGCUAUUUUUUAAACACCUUUCCUCACUCUCUUUCUAUGUGCACCUUCCUUCCUUACCUCUCUUCUUCCACAACUGUAAUUCUGGGGAGAAUGAGCAGAGGGGCUUCUAGUCUUCCCUGACCUUAGUUCUUUCCCAGAAAUCUUUGGUCACUCCCAUGACCUGGACACUAUGUUUGUGGGGGGGACCAGUGGAGGGCAUGCAGACUAAACUACAUUUCCCAUCAUGCACAGUACUAAGGCCCUUUCUUUGGGCUUAAUUUUCAUUCAAGAAGGAAAAGGAGGAAACUUAUGCCUUCACCUUGAUCUGUCACCCAUCCACCCUCCCCCACACUCCAUGGAAAAGCCAGGAAAAGUAGUCGACUUAGAACUUUUUUUCUUUUAACCAAGUCUCUGGUCAAGUGUGGUGUGUGUGUUUAUUAAAGUUUAAGUGUUCUGGUUUCAGCCUUCAAUUGGAUUUCAUAAAACCAGCAUCCUUUGGUCUUGUGAGGAAUACUGUCCUGUAGUCUUCAAAUAUGUAUCAAUAUUUUGGGGGGGGUUGUUUAGUUUAAAGACCUUUUGUUGUAAAAAGGUGGGUUUUUGGGCAGCCUGUCUUACAGGCCACACUCAACACUGUGUGUCCUCACCCAAAAGUUGCUAGUUUGACACACAUCCCCUUCACUGCCCUCUCUUUGUUCGUAUCCUUGUAUUUUGUGCAUAUGAAAUUGUAUAUCACCGGGUAAAACUGUUCAGAUUAUUUGUUUAAAUUUAUAACCUUAAUAAAAAGUCAAUUAUA